AUGGUCGCAGUUCCAACUACCACAACUGGGGGCGCCCUGUCAAGCUCUAACAGCUUGGGUCGGAGGAGCUAUGGGUUCGGUGGUGCUCCUCUGGUGGGAGGCAGCCUUCGUAUUCAAAGCACUCGCUCCCCCCACUCCUACGCCUAUGCUGCCGAGCAGGAGUCCCUUCUCUCCCACCCACCUCACUCCCAUCAUCCUCUCCCUCCUCAUCAUCCUCCCCCACCGCCGCUCUUCCUUUCCAGGCACUUAUAUGGAAGGAGGGAUCGACGGGCUCUUUCCCUGGAGCUCCCGGAGCUGCUCCGGGCAGGAGGACAGCCCUCUGGUCUGCCCCCUGUCCACCUAGAACCUGGGAGGAGGAGUGGGUCAGGGGCAGGGGGAUCCAUCACUGGGGGGUCUGGUGCUGGUAGUGGAUUUGGAACGGACCACCGUGACUGUAACGGCAAGACACCUUUUCCAAACACUCACUUGAUAGCUGAAGUAUACCCUCAAGUGAACCCACGCAAGGACAGAACAGAUCUUGAUGAGGAGACAGAUUAUAGUUUGUGUUUCCGUAUCCAGAAGAUGAUGGAGGUGUACAAGCCUGACUGGUGUGAGACCAGAGAGGGGUGGUCUAUCUACCUGUUCUCUCCUCAGAACAAGUUCAGACAGCUCUGCCAGUCCAUCAUUGCCCAUAAGCUCUUUGACUACGUGGUCCUGGCCUUUAUCUUUCUCAACUGCAUCACGGUGGCUCUGGAGAGGCCCAGAAUACUGCAGGGCAGUCUGGAAAGGGUGUUUCUCACGAUUUCCAACUACAUCUUUACUGCAAUCUUCGUGGCCGAGAUGACAGUCAAGGUUGUGUCCAUGGGUCUGUACCUUGGGGAGAAAGCCUAUCUUAGGAGCAGCUGGAACAUCCUUGAUGGAUUCCUCGUAUUCGUGUCCUUGAUUGACAUUGUGGUGUCGAUGGCGGGCGGGGCUAAGAUCCUGGGGGUUCUCCGUGUUCUCAGGUUACUCAGGACGCUACGUCCCCUCAGGGUGAUCAGCAGGGCUCCAGGGCUCAAGCUGGUAGUAGAGACCCUCAUCACGUCGCUCAAGCCCAUUGGCAACAUCGUCCUCAUCUGCUGUGCCUUCUUCAUCAUCUUUGGCAUUCUAGGUGUUCAGCUCUUCAAAGGGAAGUUCUUCUACUGUGUGGGAUUCGAUGUGAAGAACAUCACUAACAAAUCCGACUGUCUGGCUGCCAACUAUCGAUGGGUUCACCACAAAUACAACUUUGACAACCUUGGACAGGCUCUCAUGUCUCUGUUUGUGCUGGCCUCAAAAGAUGGCUGGGUCAACAUUAUGUACCAUGGCUUGGAUGCAGUGGGGAUAGACCAGCAGCCAACAACCAACAACAACCCCUGGAUGCUGCUUUACUUCAUAUCCUUCCUCCUCAUCGUCAGCUUCUUUGUGCUCAACAUGUUUGUGGGCGUUGUGGUGGAGAACUUCCACAAGUGUCGCCAGCAUCAGGAGGUGGAGGAGGCCAGGCGUCGAGAGGAGAAACGCCAGCGACGCAUGGAGAAGAAGAGGAGAAAGGCCCAAAAGCUGCCAUACUAUGCAUCCUACGGUCCAGCCCGCCUGGCAAUCCACACUCUGUGUACCAGCCACUACCUGGACCUGGUCAUCACCUUUAUCAUCUGCAUCAAUGUGAUCACCAUGUCCCUGGAGCACUACAGUCAGCCACAGUCCCUGGAGACCGGACUGAAGUACUGCAACUACUUCUUCACAUCCACCUUUGUCAUUGAGGCUACUCUGAAGUUGGUGGCGUUUGGUUUUCGACGCUUCUUCAAGGACAGGUGGAACCAGUUGGACCUUGCCAUUGUGUUGCUGUCAGUGAUGGGUAUCACCCUGGAGGAGAUUGAAAUAAAUGCCUCCCUUCCCAUCAACCCCACCAUCAUCAGGAUCAUGAGGGUCCUCAGGAUAGCACGAGUGCUGAAGUUGUUGAAAAUGGCAACGGGGAUGAGAGCUCUGUUAGACACAGUGGUCCAGGCUCUUCCUCAGGUGGGAAACCUGGGCCUGCUCUUCAUGUUGCUGUUUUUCAUCUAUGCUGCUCUGGGAGUGGAGCUGUUUGGGGAGCUGGUGUGUAACGCUGACUACCCCUGUGAAGGAAUGAGCCGACACGCCACCUUUGAAAACUUUGGGAUGGCCUUCCUCACACUCUUCCAGGUUUCCACUGGGGACAACUGGAACGGCAUCAUGAAGGACACACUGAGGGAGUGCCCACCAGACCGUCCGGGCAGCGACUACGGCUGCCAUGCUGGGCUGCAGUUUAUCUCCCCGUUGUACUUCGUGUCCUUCGUGCUCACGGCUCAGUUUGUCCUGAUAAACGUGGUGGUGGCCGUGCUCAUGAAGCACCUGGACGACUCCAACAAGGAGGCGCAGGAGGACGCCGAGAUGGACGCCGAGAUCGAGAUGGAGCUUGCUCAGGGAGGCCUCUGCUGCAUGAUGGGAGGCAUUGGCGCCAUCGCCGGGGCCACGGGCGGCCCUGUGAGCGGGGCCGGUGUGGGCGGCGGAGCGUCCGGUGCCAUUACAGCGGGGACAGUAGGAGCUGCGGGUGUCGGGUUGAUGGCUCCUCUGCGAGACGGAGGAGGAAGUGCAGCUCAUGAGGGACACACGCACAGGAGAUGUCGGCUCUUCUCUCCAGCUGAGGAGAGCCAGUGGCUUGACAGUGUGUCUCUGCUGAUCAAGGACUCGUUGGAAGGGGACAUGAUUGACAACCUUUCGGGUUCAGUUUUUCAUCAUUACUGCACUCCUCCAGUCUGCAAGGACUGCAAGAGCCACCCACAAGAGAUCCAGUUGGCGGAGGUGGAGCAGGCGUCUCUGAUGUCGGAGCAGCUGUCAGACAAGUCUUCAUCUCUAGCGCUGCCCGAUGACCUCAGCCUGGACGAACACAGCAGCUACCAGCUGCUGGUCAGAGACAGCCAGAGGGGCAGCAGUGACUCCCAUAGUUCAGAGGAGUUGCUAAACCAGGGGGUCUACAGAGGGCUGCAUCCCUCCAGCUCAGGCAGCGAGCUCGGGGUCCAGGAGCUGUGUGAGGUGGGCGUCCAUUCUCGACUGAACACUCCCUCACUGGAGCAGCCAAGUCCGGAGCAUUGCACAGCUAGGGAAGGAGAAGGUUGCAGUGGAGGUGAUGGCGGGUCUUCCGCUGUCUUCCACCUACCAGCAGACUUCUUCCACCCAGCUGCAGCAGCUCAUCCAGGCAGUCCUGAGAAUGGAAUUAGCCCAGGACACAGAGGGCCAUCUAGGUUGGCCUCCCCAGCCUCAUGGGCCUCUCUUCGAUCACCCGGAGCCAACAGCAGGCCCCUGAGCUCUCAGCACCCAUCUCACAGUGACUCCUCCCUGGCCACCGGUAGUUCAGAGGGCAGCUUGCAGACCACUGUAGAGGAAGGGCUUAGCUUUAGCGUCUCCCCACCUCAAGAUCAGGAUCUCCCUGUGCCUCUCCACUGCCCCCUCCCAAGCCAAUCCUUACACCCUCAAGAACAGGCAACAGGAGACCAAGACCACCAUUUACCCAAGAGACGUAGUACUACUUUUAACCUCCAAGCCACCAGGGGGCACCAGAGGAGCCAGAGCAGCUGCGGUGACGGUAGCACCAGCCCUGGCUGCCCCCGGCAGGACUCCAUGGACCCAUCAGAUGAGGAUGUGGGCACAGGGACAGUUGGCGAAGGCUUUCAACAGACCCUCAACAGUGAACACUUGUCAGAAACUCUGAACAGCGUCUCGCUGACAUCACUGCUCACACAGGGCUCCCUGGCUCCCCCACUGGUGAAGAAAUGUAACAGCACAGGCUCACUGAACCAAACAAAUCUAUCUGCCCGAAGUAAAGAUGGAUGCAGCUUUUACGGCAUAAAUUCACACAGUUACUUGUCCAAGCCAUGGACAGAGGGAAGGGCUAGGAGUGAUAAAGAGGACAGUGAUAUCGCAGCCUUCAGCAUGAAAAGCAGCAGUCGGCCAACAGACACAAGCUCCAGGAAAAAUAGAUGAAACACUUGUUGCCUCUCUGUAGUUUAACUCUUAACAAAUUGCAUUACUUGAACCUCAAACAGUAAAGGGAGAGACUUGUAAUACAGUACAUGCCAGAUGAACACAAUUUGGAAAUUCUCACAUUGAAUUUUCUGUUCUAUCUUGAUCCUACUUGGAUAUGGCUGCUUGGGAUCAGUCAUUUCUCAAAAGAUUACAGCUGCCUCUGAGGUCUGACAUCCUAUUUUUCUUCACAGGAUAAUGUGGCUGCUUUUUGAAAGGACUGAAAGAUGAUGACAGGGGCUUAGCCUUUUUAGUGUGACCAGGAUUCAGCCUUGAUGGAUAUGGCAGUUCUGGGCUCUGUAUGUGAGCCAUCCUGAAAUAAAAGAAUAACGAGAGCCAUUAGAGAGAAAGGCCAGAGAAUUACAGCGACUGAUGAACAUUAUUCAGGUUAUGUUAUUUUAAUAGGACUGAAAUUCAAUUUCAGAACUUGCUUGACCCAACGUGCCCUCAACCUUUGUGCUAAAACAGUGUCAUCAACAUUGGACAGAUGGCGAACUCUGAAACUUCUUUUGAAGAAGAGCUGAACUCUGUACAGGUUUUUGUAACAACCAUCGCAAACAGUAGCAUUUCCCAACCUUCUUGCCUGUUUAGCAGAUUUGUUGGAUAACAGAAAAUUGAAAGCUUGUAUAUUUUCUGUGUUCCUUUUCAACUUCAGUGUAUUGAAGUUGUGUGAAUGUAGACACGUUUGUCUCUAUGUGGGAGGGAAUGGUAGACCACGACAACCAAGGAGCCUGGCUAGUCUGAAAAAAUGACAGAGACUUUUCAGAUAGAAGAAUGGUUAUGUUACUGCUGCUGAGAAUACAUGUGGGUCGUUCGUUGUAGCGUUGUCUGCUUUCAAAGUGGACUUUUUGUGCUUUCUACAUACCCAUGAAAGGGCUAAAAAUGUAUUGAGUGCAGACCUGGGCCAAAAGACAAGCAAAUAAUCAUAUUGCUACCAAACAUUAAGCUUAAAAUGUCUCUUGGUACAAGACUUACAAAUAGUUUUCUCUGAAGCCCUCCCAAGUUUUACCAGAGUAGUAGUAUUUCCUACAGGUUUAACAUUGCAGAGUGGAAAAGAAAAAUGAAAACAUUGUUGAAUUCAAUAUGUAAAUAAGUACCUUUCACAUAAAAAAAAUGUGUGAGAAAGUUUAAUAUCAUCCAGUUUUCCCUGAGUUCUUCGAGUUA